CAUGUCAGUGAACGCACCAGCAGCAAGCGUACAUAUUACGGUUCCCAGGAUGGGUUGUCCUCUGUCUGUGGUGGGAAUAUUUCCCUGAAGUCCUAAUGGAUGCCGCUGGGAAACCUCAUACUUUCAUUUCGAACCAGUUUCCGAGUAAAAUUCCGUUCGGUUUCUGGAGUUUUACUGGUUCCGAGCGAUGCUAGUCCGUGCUUAAGCUAGCGACACAUUUCCGGGGAGUGGGCGUCUGUUCAGUGGGGUAUCGUCCAAAUAUUUGGCGUUUACUGGACUCGUUGGGGAAAUUGUUUAUUUUUGCUAACUUUUAAAGAGAAGCGGUAAGUAAAGAGAUAAGGAACAUGAAAGCAGCUGAGUCCAGGAGAAGACGGUUCUGAGAUGGUUCCGUCAUGACUGAACUGCUGUGGAUUCUCACCUGGCUGCCGCUGGCUCUGACAGCUGUGAGUGGGCUCCCAGCACCACUAAACGUCAAGGUGACCUUGGAUCAGUCGGGUUACAUGCUGACAUGGGAACAAGGGGCAGGAACCCCCAGUGGGACGUAUUUCAGCGUUCAUACCGCCAGUCAGAACUCAAACCACCAGUUAAUCCUGGUAUCCGGCUGCCAACGCGUUCAGAAACCACUGACCUGCAACCUGACUGAAACAUUUGGAGACCUACUGCAUAUCUUUAACAUCGAGGUGAAGGCUCACCUGGGGAACAACACAUCCCAGCCAGCCAAACUUGGAGAAUAUAAACCAAUAGCCCACCUGCCUCUGCCCAGCCUGAACGUGGCAUCCUGCAGAACCAAACUCUGCCUGCGCUUCCUGCCUCCGUACUCACGCUUCCAGGAGAACUACGACAAGAUCGAUUACGAACUUCAGAUCAAGAGCAGCCACACCGGCAUACCCGAGACCCUGGAAAUUCACUCCCUGAAAAACACGGAAAUUGUGAUGGAUCUGGUUCCGGGCAGAAAUUACUGCGUCUCGAUCCGGUUCAAUGACCGUGUGUCUAACCUGUCGUCCAACUUCAGCCGGCCUGAAUGCAUUUCCAUCCCAGGACCCUUUUCUUCAGACGCAGUUGUUUCUGCAGUGCUGAGUUUAUUGGUGAUGGCCGUCAUCGUCAUCAUCGCUCUGCUGUUCUGGACCGGUUUCAUCUGUCUGAAACGGAGUCCGAUGCCGUCGGUUCUGACCUCCAUUUUUCACUUAGAAGAAGUGAAAGUUUCGUCCUGUGGAGACGCCCCGUCGUCUCUGCUGAACAUCAGGUCGAUGGCGCCCCCUGCAGGCAAGAGGACCUCCAGCAGUUCAGAGGAAUCGGACGAGGAGAGCUGCAGAGAAACCUCCGGUAUGAGCUCCUCUGGAGCAAACUACGCUCCGCGUCAGGGCGCCAACCCGCUCUCCUCCACCUCAUCAUCUUCAUCAUCCUUAUCUUCACCUUCCAAACCGGAACCUCCACCCAACCGGACCCCAGACUCGCAGCACGAGGUCCUAGUUGUUAUAGAACAUCGGCCUGGAGCUGAACAGAAACUUGAUAGUUUAGAAGAAAGGAGAACUGAGGAAGAGGAGGCAGCGGUGAACGUUGGCCAGGAAGUGAACCUCCUCACUUUGACGUUCGGCUGUCUGGAGAAGCAGGAGGAAGAGGAGGCGACGGAGGAGGAAGAAGGCUGCCCAGAUGUUCCAGAUGAGUUGAGCGCUCUGGCAGCUCCUCUGGUUCAGCCUGCUGAUGAUGCCGCGACGUCAUGCUGUACUGAUGAAGAUUACGAUGACUGGGACUACAUGCACAGACAGGCGAUGUGAUGCAUCCUCAAUCCGGUCUGGAUCAGCUGGACUGACCCGGUUCUGGUCAAGAAUACAUUUCCUCUCCAUCUUCUUUAGAACAAUUCUACAUGUAGAUUUGUGAUAAAAUUGGACCUUCCUGUGUCAGUCGCUCCAUGUUGGCACUUCAGAUCAUUUAGUGGAAGACCUUCAACCUCCCCAAAUCCAGGCCAGUUUUUUUUGUUUGUUUGUUUUUUAGAUUAACAAAGUUAUUAUCAUUUUGACAUCAUUAACCAAUCUAAUAAUAAUAAAGGCAUAUUUAUGCAAGUAUACCAACUCAAAGAUAAAAAAAAAA